CAAAAGAAAAUAUACAUGGAAAAGAGAAUUUUGAAAAUGCCCACUGAAGUAACCGUACAAAAUCUGUUCAUUUUUAACUCAACAUUAUCAAAAACUGAAGAUGAUGGAGCUAACAAAAUUUUGUUUUAUUAUCCUACACAAGAAGAUGAAAAUAAAAAAGUACUCAAUAUUGGUCAUAUUGAAGCUGUUAUCUGUUUUAUGAGAAAUUUCAAUGAUAGUCAGUCAUGUGAAUCAUUACGAACAAAAAAGUCACUACAAGUUAUGUAUAACGCAGAACAGAAUUUUUGGAUAGUUAUAAAAUUAUCGGCAGUUUGUAAAUCUUCACAGAAGUCGUCAGAAACACAAAAUAAUGUAGAAUAUUGUACUUAUAACUUACAAGAACCAAUUUAUUUAUCUAUUUUGAAACAUUGGUAUUAUACUUUUCUUAUGAUUGUGGGUUCAAUGACAGAUAUAAUGAAUGAAAGUGGUCCAGAUAAGCUUAGGCUUCUGCUUAAACAGUUUUAUAAUAAGUAUUUGCAAAUUUCUAAUGUAUCAAAUUAUACUUUUAUGGAUUUGUUUCAUGGUAUUAGUUUUUUGCCACUAGACAACACUGUUCAUCUAUAUGCUCAAAGUUUUUUAAACACAAUAGAAAAUUCCUUCAUACAAGUUAAUUAUACCUUGCUCUUGUAUAAUGACUCAUUAGUUUGGAGUGGUUUAAGCAAACAACAAACUCAGCUUGUUUAUUCUUACAUUUUAAUGUGGGUUUUACCAGAUAUUACUCGAGAUGAGAAUAUAGUUAAAGGAAAUUCUUUAAAAAAAUGUUUACCAAAUCAGUUGGUUGGAAGAUUUAUAACAAAUACAUGGGCAAUAAUUACAGAUAGUUGGAAUAGCGACCUUGGUAAAGUUCCAGUAUUUUUGCUCAAUGAUGAAAAUGACGGAACAAUUAAAAAAUAUAGAUUAAUAAUGUACAAAGCACAUAAUUCCAUUGUUUGUAUGUUUAUGAAAAUGGAAAAUUCAUUAACUAUAGAUUUGUACAAUAGACUUGAUCAGUUCCUGAGCACCAAACUUCAUUUAUUAUCAGAAAAAAUGAAAAAUACAGUAGAAAAAAUGUUACCGUUAAAAAUCCAUGUUGAAAGACCAGCUAAAUUCAUAUACUUCAAUGCAAUGAAUUUAGCUAUAAAAAAUUCAAUAAAAUUAUCAAAUACAUUGGCUACUACAAGACCAUUAGACUUUUAUCUUAGCCCAGAGACAUUACGUGUUCUAGUUGAUAUUAGUAACCAAAAUAUAAAUAAGCUUCCAACAUGUUCUACUAUGGUUAAAACAUCUAAUGACAACUGGAUAGCUAGUCAUCUAUGUAAUUCAAGAGAAAUUUAUAUUGUGUUAAAUCAAAAAUUAACAAAACUAUGUGAUGUUGACAUGGAAAUUCAAAAUUUAUGUGCACAAGAACUUGGAACAAUUUUCUUUUAUGACUAGUAUUGUACAGCUUACUUUAUGAGAAAAGUACUUAUUUUCUAACUGAACAAUUAAAUAGUCAUUUGUAUUGUUAAUUAUCAUAGUUUUCUCUGUAAUGAGUUAUUGUUAUCUGUAUUAAUUGUAAUCUUGUUAUAAAUUAAAAUUGAUUCUAUCAUAAUUAUUCUAAAUUCAAGUAAAUGCAUUUAUUUUACUAGAGAGGUAUAUAUUUUUGAUAUCAAAUAUCAAU